AUGGCGUCUGAGGAUCGUGCCGCCCUGGUGGCCCUGUUUCGGUCUGCCGGCGGGACUCGUUGGCACCGAAACAAGAACUGGGACACAGGUGCUGACCUCUCGCAGUGGUACGGAGUGCACGUCAAACACGAUGGCCGUGUGGUGGAGCUGUGGCUGUCCAGCAACAAUCUCGAAGGGACUAUUCCUGAAGCGCUUGGAGUUCUCACGGAGCUGAAGUAUCUUCGAUUCAACCACAACAAGCUCACGGGUUCCAUCCCGGUAUGGCUGGGAUUUGAAAAGAAUUUGCGACAACUCGUGCUCUCUGUUGUGUCUGGUCCAAUUCCUGAAGCACUUGGAGCUCUCAAGGAGCUUACGUUUCUUGAGUUGGGCCGCAACAAGCUCACGGGUCCCGUUCCGGCAUGGCUGGGAUCUCAAAAGAAAUUGCGACAGCUUGGGCUCGGCGCCAACCAGCUGACCGGACCUAUCCCUGAAGCGCUUGGAGCUCUCAAGGAGCUAGCACAUCUUUAUUUGGGCGACAACAAGCUCAUGGGUUCCAUCCCUACAUGGCUGGGAUCUCUUGUCAAGUUGGAAUGGCUUUGGCUCCAAAGCAACCAGCUGGUAGGACACGUUCCCAAGGAGCUAGGCAACUUGAAGAACCUGCGAAAGCUUUAUCUGCACGACAACCACCUAUCAGGAGUCAUCCCGACGGAGCUGGCAAACUUGAGUGCCCUUUCGACAUUGAAGUAUCAAACCAACGCACCAAAAUCCAUCUGGCGCCGUCGCAAGAAACUUACCGGAGGACCAAGGGAUGGUGAGGGGCUUGAUUCGUGGAGGACACGAGUGCGGUUCGAACAGAGGACGAAACCUCGGACUCUUAAGGGUGAUCAAAGGGGGAAGGACGCUCCCGUACCUCCACCCCCUGCCCCUACGGUCUUGCUACCGCAGCAGCAGCAGAUUGACGCGGGCGACGAAACCGAGGAGGAUGCCCCGGUGCUGCUUGACUCCCCCAACCAAAGACAGGAGGUGGUGGCGGGAAGCGCAAAUUCUACGGGACGUGCUUCCACGUCCCCGGAGAAGGCAGAAGAAGUGGACCGAUUGUUCAGAGCGCAGCUUGUGUCCUCUGCAGGGUUGGAUUCACUCAUCAGAGAAAACCCUGCAGCUCUGGAGAACAUCCAACUGGCCAUUGAGAGACAAGUCGCUGGGAGCUUUUAUCCCGACAACGAGCUUGGUGACAUGCAGAGUCGCCGGAACCUCGGCACGUUGGUGACCAUGUCAACGGCGCUAGGCGAGGUGGCGCUGAGGCACACCGAGGACAUGAACGUCCAGCGGAAGGAGCUAGCCCUGCCUCCGUUUUCGAAGGCAUACUACACCGCCAUCAGAACCGGUUUAUGCAAAGCCUACCUCGCAGCCAGCGCCAUCGACAGUGACUGGGUGAUCACGAGCAAGACCGGCGGCAUGGGCAAGGUAGGAGCGGCCUUGAAGCUGAUGUCGAGCGCCGUUCCUUUGAUCGGUGGACUGCCCAAACUAGCAGGCAAAGCGUUGGAGGCUGGAGACACCUAUCUCCAAACUCGGCGACUGGUAAAGAUCACGGCUAUGGCUCCUGACACGGUGGAGUGUUGCUCUCUGGCGAGAAGGUUGGCCCUUCAACUAACCGACGGUCUCAGAAACAACGCCAGCGCCACGGACGACGAUAACAACCAAGUUUGGGUGAACACCACGGCGGGCGGGUCUGGAUGUGGCCGAGGCGCAGAUAUGAUGCCUGGGGACAUGAGCGAAGAGGACGUCUUUAAAUACUUGCUUGAAGAGGUGACCGCCGACGAACGAAACGACCAUGGCGGGAAGCGACUGGGCAAGAGGCACCUUCGCAAGCUGUUGAAAGCUAUUCAGGGAGGUUGCCUUGACGGCUCAAAUGGCACCGUACAAAAGAUCAAGAUCCUUCUACUGGAGAUUCUUCCCGAGGCUGAUGAUAAACCCGCCGCAACGCCCGGCACGCCGAAGGAAGUGAUGGUCCGAUCUCCGCCUGCUGGGGCGGCCGCCCACGACAGCGGGUUGCCCUCAAGGGCAGAGUUUGCCGCCAUACAGGCAGAGUUAGCAGCCUUGAAAUCCGCCAAGGACAAGCAACAAGCGGAGCUGGAAGAGCAGCAAGCAAAACUCGUAGCAGUGGAGUCCGUCAAGGAAAAACAGCAAGCUGAGCUGGAAGCUCUCAAGUCCGGCAGGCGACAGCAGAAAGCAGAGCUGGAAGGGUUGGCGUCCGCCAAGGAUGAGCUCGAGCGCAAGGUGAAAAAACUGGAGCAACAUGUCCCAGAGCUCGACAGUGAGCCGGACGAUGAUGUGGAUUUCGGGGGUGAGCUGGCUCUCAGGCGAAGGGUGGCUGUAUCAGAGACGGCGAAAGGGUUUUUGGACAGAGCUCGAGAUAGAGCGGCGAGAGCGGUUGAUCACCAUCCGGUGACUGUCUCCGAACAAAGAGAGUUCGAGGCACUGCAGGACGAAAAGCACCGUGAACAUGAAGCGAGAUUGAGAGAGCUUGAGGGACAGAUCAUUAAGGCCACCAUACGACAGGGACGUCGAUGA